UUCUUGCCAGAUGCUAUUUCUGAGACAAGUGGCGUGGCGUGUGCCAAAGCCAUAACCAUAAGUAUACUAUUUUUGCUGAAAUAACUUUUUAAUAGAAACAAAAUGCGAGAGGAAAUACAAUUUAACAUUAAGUUUUGCCAAGAAGUCCAAAAACAUGCAAAUUUAUACGAUUAUUUUCGAUCUGAUUAUUGUUUAUUAAAUAAAACCCUAUCAGAUCAGACAUGGAAGAAAAUUUCUAAAAAAUUUUCAGCAAGUACCAGCGAUUGCAAGGAACGUUGGAAAAACAUACGAGGAAGCUACUCCAAAUAUACUUUAAAGGUAAAAAAAUGUGCCGAGGGAUCCAAGAAAGUCAAGGAGUAUUAUCUUGCGCCAUACCUCUCCUUCUUGGAUCCGUUCUUAAAGUCCCGUGACACAACGGGCUAUGCAGUUAUUGAAAAGUCCAGCGAAACCGACGAAUCAUUGUUUAAAAGCGAAGCAGAAAUAAGUGAGUGCGAGGAUAAUUACGAUAAUUGUGAAGUAGUGAUGCCUGAUGAAUGUCUAUCUGUUCACUCAUCUCAAUCGUCUACUUCGCCAAACAGUAAUUCCCUAAAUGAUGAGUCCACAUUUGAAAUUAAACCACCUGAAUCGAAAUAUCACAGAAAGAGAAAGAUCUCAGCAAUAACUCAGGACUAUGAUUUCAACGGACGACGUAUGAAAUCAUAUAAGUCGUCAAAAGAACCCGAUCUACCUGACUCUGAUUUGGCUUUUCUCCAUAGUAUUCUGCCCGACUUGAAGUCCAUGAAUAGCAGCCAAAAACGACACUUUAAAAUAGGGAUUUUAGAUUUGGCUGAGAAAAUUCUAACACCCACCUCCACCAGCCAACAAGUUCCUGCCUCUUCUUCUACGACGUUAAAAUUUGAGAGCCCGUAAUGGUUUUCUUUUUUCUGAAGCUGAUAAAUACUCACUUCAUUUAAAUUAAUAAAUAAUUUAAUUUCAAAAUUACA